UAUAAUAGGAUGUGUUCAAAUUGAGCUCGCUAAUUGAGGGUGUGCUGUCAGUUUUAGUUUUCUUUUCUUUUUCUUUUUGUUUGUUUAUAUUAUUGAGAAAUCAUAUAUAUAUUAAUUUUUAUUUACCACGUAGUAUUAUUUUUUUCUGAUCCUUCGUCUUAUUUCGUUAGAUGUUUACUAAACAAACAAUUCCUCCGAAGAAGAGUAAAUAAAUAAAUUUAAAAAAAAUAUUUGGUGUGAGAAAUUUGUAAAAACUUUGAUUGUGUAUUGACAACUCGAAUGACACUUUUUUAUAUUAAGGAACUUCACAUUUUAAAGAUUUUGGUUUAUUUCUUAUCUUGAAUUUGUGGUGAAACUCAGAAACUUAGUGCAUUGGAUGUUCGACAUGUGGCAAUUAACUGCGUGUUAAACUAUGAAAUUGUCACUCCACGGGAAGAAUUUUAAUAAUUUGCUGAUUGAAUUUCCUGUUCGACAUAUGUAUUCUUCUUUUUGUAAUCAAGAUUUGCAUUUUUAAAAAGAUGUGAAACAAGAAAUGGCUAAAUUUGAAAAGUGAAAAAUAUCUCAUGAUGUCUGAUGUAUAUGUACAAGUGCUGUAUGAUUUUCAUUAUCAUACGGAGGAUGGAGAUGAAGUUAAAAUGAAAGCUGGUGAAGAACUGUUACUUCUAAAAAAAUCAAAUGAAAAUUGGUGGCAAGUUAUACGAGAUUCGGAUAAUCGUCCAUUUUAUGCCCCUUCAAAUUAUUUGAGCAUCAUAGGGUUGAAUUGUAAAGAUUCUUUUGAAUCAACUGAUGUCAAUUCUAAUAUAUCCUGUAAUGACUCAACUGCUGGUGACAACCAGAAUAACAUACCUUUAAAAUCUAAGUGUAUUAUUGAAGUUCAGAAAAAUGUUAAUAAAUUAAGUAAAUCAGUCACUGAUAAUUUAUGCAUUAAGCAGGUUACUGAUGCCCUUUCAUUUAAAAAUCCCCUUUGUGAAAAUGAGUUUUUGGAUGACCAAAGAGAUGUUGACAUUGAUCAGAAACAAGUGCCUCUUACUAAUGAAAUGCCUUCUAAAAUAGAAUAUGAUAGUGAAAACUCAAAACUGUGUGAUAAUUCUUUUUUACAAGAUUCGAUGUCUCCAAUAUAUGUGAACAUUCCGGUUUCAUUUGGACGGCUUCCUCCAAGCCCAAAACCAGAUCAAAAACCACUUCGGAAACUAACAAAUGAUUGGUUUGAAUAUGUUGAAGAAGAAAGUGGUCGUAAAUAUUAUUACCACUCUCCAUCUGGGAAAGUUACUUGGAAACCACCACGCCGUCGUGAAAAUAUGCAGUCAACACCUUUAAACAGUGAGCCCAGCAGUCCUAAGUCUAACAGCUCUCUAAACACUGUUCCGGAUCCUCCUCCUAAACAGUUAAAACCCAAAUUAAAGAAACUUGCUCAUAGUAGCAAUGAGAGCUUGGAAUCUCAAUCAUCUCCAUGUAUGUUCACUAUCCUCCCCCCUGGUUGGAGUCAAGAAUCUGAUUCAUCUAGUGGAGCCAUUUAUUACCAUCAUGAUUUGUCUAAAAAGAAAUGGUAUGCAUCUGCAGAUGAAAAUGGACGGACUUAUUUUUAUGAUGAGGAUAAUUCUGAGUCUUUGUGGGAGCUACCGGACAUUUCUGUAUCCUCUGACUUUGAAGAGUCUAAACAGUGCCAAGUGGUUGAAAAUUCUUUAGAAUCUUCUGAUAAUUCGCAGAUAGCUCAAGAUGUACCUAUUGCAAAAUCCAACAACGAAUCAUUAACAUCGCCAAAACUACGUAAAAAGGCUCCUAAAUUACCAGUUCCAAGGCAGUUCAAAACAAGAUCUUUGAUAGUCCCUGAAUGUGUUAAUUUGACUGGUUCUGAAGACAAUAAAGGUUACUUGCCCCCAUCAUUUGGAGAAGGCUACUGGCCCUCUGUUCAGGAUGGUCAUUUUUCCAUUACACGCAAAGGUACUUUGAAUAAGACAAAGCUUGUUGAAGGCGGCAAGAGAAUAAGAAAAAAUUGGACUACAUCAUUUGUGGUUUUAACUGAUGUUUUCUUGUUAUUUUACAAAGAUAUACGUUCAGCUCAUCUAGCUACUCCUGGGAUAAAACCUGAACUUUGUAUAGAUUUAAAUGGAGCAUUAGUUGAGUGGUGUCCUGAGAAAUCUAGCAGGAAAAAUGUUUUCCAGAUAAGUACUGUUCUUGGACAUCAGCUUUUACUGCAAGAUGAUAAUGCACAGACUACAAGAGAGUGGUUUGAAACAAUACAAGCUGCUAUUAUGAAUCUGCCAUCUGGUAUCGAGCAGGCUGAUGCAAAAUAUUCUUUUAAUCGAGAUGACGGUGGUAAAAAAGAUGUCAAACUCUCCCGUUCAAAAUCUACUAAACAUUAUUCAACUGGGAAAAAUGACGCUGAAAGUGAGGUUGGUUUGCCAGCUGAGAAGAAACGUAAAAUUAGAGAUAAAUUGAGACAGUUUUUUGUUAGGAGACCAACUCAGGAAAGUUUGAGAGAAAAGGGUAUAUUGCAAGAUGAACCAGUAUUUGGCUGCCAUUUAGAAACUUUAUGUACUAGAGAAAACAGGAAGGUUCCGAAAUUUGUUUCCACAUGUAUUGAAGUUAUUGAAGAAAAAGAAUUAACAGCUGAUGGUCUGUAUAGAGCAAGUGGUAACCUGUCUCAAGUUCAGAAAAUUCGAAUGCACGUGAAUCAAGAUGACUACUCUUGCUUGAAGGAAGAAGAGGAUGUACAUGUGUUAACUGGAGCUUUAAAAAUGUUCUUCAGAGAAAUGAAAGAACCACUCUUUCCUUUUAAUAUGUUUGAGAAAUUCAUGAAUGCCAUUGCAUUACCAGAUGCAAUUAGCAAACUUGAAGCCUUGAAGAAACUUGUACAAAAAAUGCCUGAGCCAAAUUAUGAAACUUUAAAAGUUUUAUUAAAGCAUUUAUUGAGAGUCACUGAAUAUCACAAACAGAAUCGAAUGCAGGUACAAAAUCUAGCUAUUGUAUUUGGACCUACUCUUAUGUGGCCUGAGCAUGUGUCUGCUAAUAUUGCUCUGGAUAUGAUGCAUCAGAAUAGAAUUGUAGAGUUCCUUCUUUUAGAAUUUGAUGCAAUUUUUUCUUCUCCAAGUUCUAAGAAUAAUUAAAAAAAAUAUGUAAUAUAACUUAUCACUGUGUUAUAUAUGUGCCUAUAGUGUUAUUUGUACAAUGAAUAAAUUAGGUUUUAAUAGAUUAUAUAUAUAUAUAAAUAUAUACACAUACACAAAUAUGUAUAUUGGUUGUUUUUGAACUCUUGUGUUUCUUAGCACAUUUUCAUGUGAUUUUGCCAAUGUUCCUAACGAGAAAAAAUUGUAUUAUAUAUUUAUAAAGUUUGGGUUAAUUCUUCUGGAAUUUGCCGAGCUUUGACCAUAAAUGAUUAAUUAUUAUUUCAUUUCAUACGAAAUCCAUUAGUCUUUCAUAGUUACAUUUUCAUUGAAAAGUCAUUUAAUUUAUCAGUAUUUCAAUGUCAUGGGGGAUGUAUAUUCUGGACUUUAUAAAAGGUAAAAAUAUUUUAUGCUGUAUUAGUCAUUGCAGAAUUUAUAUCUUAAAAAAUGAUGCAUGCAAAUAUUUGUGCUUGAAUGUCAUUUUUAUUAUUGUAAUUGCUUGAAAGAUAUCAUAAGUUGAGUGUAAUGUAUUCCUUAUUCUGUAUUUAAUUAUUAAAAGACUGAUAUCCAUUUCUUUGAUAUCUUUCGGAAAGAGACGAAAUAAUUUUAAAAGUUACUUUGUUUUCAUUUUCACAAUAGGGUGAACAGAGUUUUAAAAUUAAUGUUUUCUAAACUGAAGAUAUAAACUAUUAGUUAUGAAAAAGAUAAAAUGUUGAUUUUAAUUAGAAAUAUACGUAUCUGAAUAUUAUAUUUUUGUUAGUAAAAAAAGAAAUGAAAAGAAUAGAGAAUAACUCAUCUUUUUAAGAUUCCACUUGUUGAAAUUUAAAUGCUGAGAGACUUUUUGAAACGUGCAAAAGGUUGAUUAAAAAAAAAAGCUUAUUGAAAAAAAUUGCUUUAAAAUAAUAAUUAUUUUGUUAAAUUAUUUCGUUGAUUUACUUGUAGAUACUCUUAUUUCUGUGUAAUGUAAAUACAUGAUGAAUAUAUUAAUUUUCAAAUAUUUUUACAUAAUAUCUAAAUUCAUUUUUGGAAAGUCUUCUAAAUGAGCAGAAAUUGUUAUCAGUACGGCAACAUAGAAAAACUCUCUAUUUGCAUCGCUACGAUUUUUAUUUGAUGCAUUUACUAUACUUCAGGAAUAUUUAUAUAUGAAUUAAAGAGGAGUUCUGUACGAAUAUUUUAAAAUCUGUCAAAUCUCAUUAUCAAAACAUAUUUUGAGGUGCCCAUCUGAGAGUUUUAUUUCUUUUUCAGGAGUUUUGAAAUUUUUUAAUAGGUUUCUUAUAUAAAUUUCAUAAAAUUGAGGGGAGAUGGAGCUCUUUUAAAGUUGAUAUAGAAAAAGAAUUGCUGUACUUUUGUUUGUAUUCACUUAAAAGUUAUGAAUGUUUUAUUGUUAUGUUUUUUUUAAUCUGUUAUAAAUUAUUUCCUUCUUUCUAACAUGUAUCAUAUUAAAUAAACUUCUAUGUUUAUAUUUUCUCUUUUGAACUUUAUUUUAUUUCUAACAUUACUGAUUUUUACAUCCAUUUUUUUCUGUUUAAUUUUAUUUUGCUCAUUAUUACUCUUUUAUGUUACUUGCAUUUUAGUGUUGUGUACAAAUAUUUGCAUUGCUAAAAAUGCAUACAAUUGUUUCUGUAAUUUAGUGCAUAAUUAGAGAAAAUUUUAUUUGCUUAGUUAGUAGUUUGCAUGACGAUUUUGAUAUUUUAGUUUUUCUAAUAGAAAAAAAAUGAACUAAUAUUUCUAGCUCAUGUUAAUUAUUUUUAUUUUCGUAUGAAGCUUCACAUUUGUAAUUUAAAAUUCAGGAGUUAUUUUUAAUCGAUCGAUAAUAUUCGAUAUUAUUCUAUCAGUAUUUUUCCAUAUGUGUAUGAAGACUGUCUUUAAUUCAAGACUUUAAAUCGUGUGCCCAUUAUUUUUAUUAUAAAACCUUGUUUAAGGGUAUUUAAUUUCCCAUAAUCCAAGCAUAUUUUCCUUGUAGGAAGUUUUUUUUAAUGCUGUAAUACAAAUAAAAUAGUUUAUCACGAUUUUUAAAAUGUAUGUAUAUUAUGCCUUAUUUGUAUAUGAAGUGACCUUAUGAAUUUUUUUCAAAAGAGAAAGCUAUUUCUGUGAUAAGUAAAUUCAUGGCCAAAUAAUUUACAUGUGAUUUGAAACAUACUAAAAGAUAGAAUGCAUUAAGUAGAAAAAUUUACUUUUUGAUGUAGAAUCUUGGAGUUUUUAAAAUGUAUAAUUAGAUUAUAAACCAGUUAUGUAAAUGCAAAGUAAUAUUUUUCAAAUAUGAAGAUUUAUAAAACUUCUAAUUCACUGUUGUCAUUCCUUUGUUGUUUCUAUUGUCAUCAUUGUCUCUUUGUUGUAACUUGUGA